AAAGUCAAAAACCAUACGACGGCGUGAUAAUCCAAUUUUAGAACGUUAUUUCUGUACAGGGUGAAAAACGGAUUUGUAACUUAUAAUUUCACUGUGACUCGCAUAAGAAAGUUGUGAACGAAAGAGAUGUCGAUCCAUCAAGCGAAUGAAGUGGUUGUGAGCGAAGGUGAAGACAAUGUUCCAUUGUCGACGUUAAGAACCAAAGAAACGAAGUUAAAGCAGAAGAGGGAGGAGAGUAAGGACAUGCAAGUGAAGAAGAAAGCAAAGUUCGACUGGAGACCGAGUGAUUCUUGUGCGAAGUCAAUUGGCAAACCGAUUAAGUUUACUGGUAAGGGAGGAAACAAGAAAUGUCAUUACAAGACAUUCGAGUUUCAUGGAAAACAAUAUAGACUGGAAGACUUUGUGGAAUUGGUUCCAGAAAACCCAAACCAAAAGGAAUACAUAGCGAUCAUCAAGGAUAUUUAUAUACGAGAAAAAGAUGGGCUUAUGAAGUUGGUGGUGCAGUGGUUUUACCGUAAAGAAGAUAUCGAAGAAAAAGAUGUUGGAAAUUGGAAAUCCGAAGACUCAAGGGAAAUUUUCUUCAGUUUCCAUUAUGAUGAAGUGUUUGCUGAAUCUGUGAAGUACAAGUGUGCUGUGUAUUUCGUGCCGGAUGAUAAGCAAAUUCCAAACCGUAUUCAGCCUUCCAGCUUCAUCGUGCAAAUGGUUUAUGAUAAUAUUAACAAAGAGAUGAUGAAGUUCUCUGAUGAAAGCUUUGACGAGGAGCAAAAGUUUGAGAUUGAUAUUCUUGUGGCAAAGACGAUUUCGAGAAUUGGUGAUCUCGUUGACGUUGAGAAAGUCCAAAUGACUACGAUUCCGAGGCGUAAAAGAUUAGUUAGGAAGUGUGAGAGAAUGAGUUCUAGGCCGAUCUCGGAGAAGUUAGGGUCUUUACCAUCCAGUGAUUUGGAUCGUGACAAGAUAUUGGGGGAGCUUUUAGAAGUAGUACUUAAGAGCAUGUGUUGUGAAAGUACGGGGACCACCCGAAAGGAUGUUGUUCAGGUGGUACUUGCUCUUGAGGAGGCUUUAUAUGAUUCUUUCGCAGAUGAUAUACCAAAGUAUAAUUACAAGUUGGAGCUUCUGGUCAAGAGACUCAAGAAUUCAAGAGUGCUAGCUAGAGGACUUCUCAGUGGCAAAUUAAAACCUGAACAAGCUAUAAAGAUGGCCGACUUCGAAGAACCAAUAUUGGUGGAAGAUGUUGCAUCCACCUCCAAAAAUGUUGGGCACGAAGAUUGUCUCGAAGAUUAAACAAGAUACUAAACAUUAAAUAACAUAUUUAAUGGUAUCUUGCUCUUGUUUUCUUUGAAUCUUAAUCGUUUGAGGGAUUUAAUUUCCUAGAGUUUCCUUUCAAGAUGUGAUGCAGAUCAUUACUUAUUUUCUUUCAAGACUUCUUAUCUAAAACUUCAGUUAUUAAAGUUGUUUAAAUAUC